GUUAGUUAAAAUAAUAACCCCGUCUAACCCUGCGUCGUGGAUUCCUCCUAUUGUACAUUUGUACAUGUUUCUCGGAGGUAAAUCGAACAAACGUGAAAGAGAAUUCAAGAUUUGCUGAGUUCAACUUUCCGAAUUCUGCCAAAUCGCCAACCCUCAUCAUAAAAUUCUUCCUAAUCCUCGAGAAAUUCAAAUUGCCAGCUAGAAUUUUCUAUGAUUGAUUGAGAUCGCCUGAAAUUCACGAAAAUUGAAGUUUGAGCUCAUCUUUAUCUAUUAGAUUACAUUGAUUUUGAUUCUAAGGCAAAAAUGAUGGUGGAAGACCUCGGUGUCGAAGCCCGAGAAGCGGCGGUGCGCGAGGUUGCCAAGCUUUUGCCUGUUCCUGAGCUUCUUCAAUCCAUUUCUUCGAUUAAGGCUGAUUACAUUUCGCGUCAGCAGGCAAAUGAUGCUCAGCUUAGCACCAUGGUUGCCGAACAGGUUGAGCAGGCACAAUCUGGACUUAAAUCACUUUCCUUGUCAGAAAGAACAGUUAAUAAUCUUCGAGAUAACUUUGUUUCCAUCGAGAAACUAUGCCAAGAAUGCCAAACAUUGAUAGAUAAUCAUGAUCAGAUAAAACUCCUGAGCAAUGUGAGGAAUAACUUGAACAAGACUCUGAAGGAUAUUGAGGGAAUGAUGUCCAUAUCUGAUGAAGCAGCUGAGGCACGAGAAUCACUAAGUGAUGAUAAAGAGCUUAUCAACACAUACGAGAGAUUGACUGCUCUAGAUGGAAAAAGGAGAUUUGCGUUAGCAGCUGUUGCAUCACAUAAAGAAGAGGUUGGAAGAAUAAGAGAAUAUUUUGAAGAUGUAGAUCGAACUUGGGAAACAUUCGACAAGACCUUAUGGGGUCAUAUUGGCAACUUCUAUAAACUUUCUAAAGAAAGUCCUCAAACUCUUGUUCGUGCAUUAAGGGUGGUUGAAAUGCAAGAGAUUCUUGAUCAUCAACUUGCUGAGGAAGCUGCUGAGGCUGAGGGAGAUGGAGCAAUGGCAUCGAUUGGAAAUGCUCGUCGAACCACAAAGGAUGGAAAAAGAAUUAAUGCAACAGCAUCUCCUCAGCUGAAAAUUCAGGGAAAAGGCUACAAGGACAAAUGCUAUGAACAAAUAAGAAAGACAGUAGAGGACCGGUUUAGCAGGCUUCUUACAGAGCUUGUUAUCGAAGACCAUAAAGCAGCACUGGAGGAAGCUCGUGCGAUUGGAGAAGAGCUUGGAGAUAUUUAUGACUAUGUGGCUCCUUGUUUUCCACCAAGAUAUGAAAUUUUCCAACUGAUGGUCAACCUGUACACAGAGAGAUUUGUUCAGAUGCUUAGAUUGCUUAGCGACAAGGCAAAUGAACUUACCAACAUUGAAAUAUUGAAGGUAACUAGUUGGGUGGUAGAUUACCAACAGAAUCUGAUUGACCUUGGUGUGGAUGAAUCUUUAGCUCAAGUUUGCUCUGAGAGUGGUGCAAUGGAUCCUUUGAUGAAUGCUUAUGUUGAAAGAAUGCAAGCUACAACAAGAAAAUGGUACUUAAAUAUUUUGGAGGCUGACAAGACACAACCUCCAAAGAGAACAGAAGAGGGGAAACUGUACACACCAGCUGCUGUGGAUUUGUUCAGAAUCCUAGGAGAGCAAGUGCAAAUUGUCCGUGACAACAGUACUGAUGUCAUGCUGUACAGGAUUGCAUUGGCCAUCAUCCAGGUAAUGAAUGAUUUUCAAGCAGCUGAAAGGAAGAGGCUUGAAGAACCUGCAUCAGAAAUUGGCCUUGAACCCUUGUGUGCUAUGAUCAAUAACAAUCUUCGCUGUUAUGAUCUUGCAAUGGAGCUCAGCAACAGCACUCUAGAGGCUUUGCCUCAAAAUUAUGCAGAACAGGUCAAUUUUGAAGAUACUUGCAAAGGUUUUUUGGAAGUUGCAAAGGAAGGUGUGCAUCAAACUGUUACUGUUAUAUUUGAAGAUCCAGGAGUGCAAGAGUUGCUGGUCAAGCUCUAUCAAAAAGAAUGGUGUGAAGGACAGGUAACAGAGUACCUGGUAGCAACAUUUGGAGAUUAUUUUGCCGACAUAAAAAUGUACGUUGAAGAAAGAUCAUUCAGAAGAUUUGUGGAGGCUUGUCUAGAAGAAACUGUAGUGGUCUAUGUGGAUCAUCUUUUGACACAGAAAAAUUAUAUUAAGGAAGAGACUAUUGAGAGAAUGAGAUUGGAUGAAGAAGUGUUGAUGGAUUUCUUCAGGGAAUACAUCAGCGUGUCUAAAGUAGAAUCCAGAGUAAGAAUACUAAGUGAUCUGCGAGAGCUUGCUUCAGCUGAAAGUCUUGAUACAUUCACACUUGUAUACACAAAUAUCUUAGAACAUCAACCAGACUGCCCGGCUGAUGUGGUUGAGAAGCUUGUAAGCUUGCGAGAAGGCAUACCAAGGAAAGAUGCUAAAGAGGUUGUACAAGAAUGCAAAGAAAUUUACGAGAAUUCAUUCGUUGGUGGAAACCCUCCUAAGGCUGGGUUUGUUUUCUCCAGAGUUAAGUGCCUACAAGCAUCAAAGGGCUCCAUAUGGCGCAAACUAACAUAGGACUUAACUGCAUAGCUGGUUUAGAAUGUGGAUGUUUGCAUCCAGAUUACGUAGCUGUUUUCAAUAGGUUGUCAAUUUGUCAUUAUUCUUUCUUAUGAAAUUCCCCUCUUUCGUAUCUUUCACCCUCCCCAUUUUUAUAAGUAAUUUCUCAUUUUUUGAGGUUGUAUUAUAGGUUAAGUGUUCAUGUUAUUCGUUUUAAGUUACAGGUCAACAAUAAGAGACAAAAUUAAAUUAGCUUCUGUUUGUAAAGAAUUUAUUAUUGUUCAUCUUAAUUUUGUUGUACUAUAUUGACUAUUGCUAAUUCUAUGAUAAAUUAAUACUUCAUUA